AUGGGAUAACUUCAAGUCUGCUGCGAAAAUAAGGGUUAACCAGAAUUUCCAUUUGAUUAACCCUACAAAAUAAGGAGAGAUUUCUUAGGGAUUAAGACUCAUCCAAUAACAUUGGAUUACACUUUCGAAGGAUAAUUGGGGUUAGGUUCUUAUGGAUAAGUUUGGCUAGGAAAGAGCAAGCUUUCCAAAGGCUAAUACUUUGCUAUAAAAAAGAUUCCGAUUAACGACUUGGAUUAAGAAUAAGAUAUCCUAAUUUAGAAUGAAAUUGCAACUCUCGCAAAAUGCGAUCACUCUAGUAUCGUGAGUGUUUAUGCAGUAUAUAAGGAGAUAUAAAAUACAUACAUCAUAGAAGAGUAUUAAUAAUCUUAUUUAACAAAUUUCAAUCAUAGGUUCAUUCCAAACUGUAAACCGAUCAGCUAUUUUACCAAUGCUUCUAUUGAUACUGUACGAUCCUAGACACCAAGAAAUUAGGAGUCUUACUUCUCAAAAUGUCAAGAAAUCGAAGAGAUAAAUAUCAAAAUUAUUGACUUCGGUUUCGCAAAAAUUAGUAAACCUAAUAAACGAGAGUUGAAGGAUAUAUUGGGUACCCCAUACUAUAUGGCACCAGAAAUUAUAAAUUAAUAGUCUUAUGGCUCAGAGGUAGAUAUCUGGAGUGUUGGAGUUCUACUAUUUUAUCUAAUUGAGUUCGAUUUUCCGUUUAAGGGCAAUGACAAAAUCCAAUUAUUCAAGAACAUUGUCAAACUAAAUUAUUCAUUCAUUAAUCCCAUUUGGUCUCAAGUUUCUGAUAAUUGCAAAGAUUUCAUUAGAUAAUGCUUCACUUAAGACCAAAAUAAAAGGCCGUCUGCUCAAUAACUUUUACAGCAUCCUUGGAUAAGUCAAAAGAAAAAUCUUAGAAUGAAGAAGUAUAGAAGGAAAUCAGAAAUUCCAUUACCAACCAAGGACAUGUCUGAUAGAGAUUUUGAAAACAUGAGAUUAUUACAAGUAUCACAAUCCAUCUUUUAAUAUGUAAACCAAACAAUCACAGAUCAAGCUCAGCUAAACAAUUUAGCAAGAUAUCUGGAAAGAAAAGAUAAAAAAGAAACAGGGUAUAUGACAGUUGAGUAAAUCAAAACUUAUCUAACAUUGAAAGUUGACAGCAAUGAUCUUGAAGAUUUUAAGUCUAUUUUAAACUCAAUGAGUCUAUAAGUCUUUGAUGGGUAGAUUGAUUACGAAAAUUUAUUGGUUGGAAUGCGAUGCCUUAAAAAUCAAUAGUAGAAGUAAAACUUAGUGGUGAGCUUAUCUAGCUUCAUGCCAAGUUGUGACAUUAAAGUUAAUAAGAAUGACCUUUAUUCUGCUUUUGAAACUAAAAAGCAGCUUAAUUAUAACAAGUUUAUAGAAGUUAUGAAAAAAUACCUCCAAGAAAUAGACUCUCAAGAAAUACCUCUUGAGGAGUUAUUAAAAAUUGUAGAUAUGUCAAUUCAUUUAUUGUGA